AUGAGUCGGUCUCCUCCUACGAGCCCUGGUGGAGACGGUGAAGGUCCUCGGGAGAAUUCCCCCGAUGAUAGUGCAACUCUCUCUGAGGCGGUGUAUGUUAGUGAUGAUGAUGUCAGUACUGAGCCUGAUAUAGAGGACGUCCCGAGGGACCCUCAGCAGGAGCUCGGUCGGGUUUUUGAGGAGCAGGAGAGGCGGUUAGAGCGCCUAUUGCGGGAUCGUGUGCGACUUGAGAGAGCCUGUCUGGCGUUUCUCAGUGGAGAGAUGCCUGAACACGAUCGUGAAGAUCUACUCCAUGCCCGAGAUGAGCUCUCAGAUCUUGUCCAGACGAUCGUCCAUCUCCCCGCGAUAGUGUAUCAAGAGACCCCUUCACGUGUUCAUAUGCUGGGCGACACUUUGGAUGUCAACGGCAGCGUCAUCGCAGAAUUCGUCAACAGCGUGAGAAUACGCUCCCCAUUGAGACGAGAAAUAGACACCCGUUCGGACCUCAGGGGCUUCCUGUCCGAUCUCUCCUCAUUUAGACCGGAGUAUCCACAGUGGAUAAGAGUCGUCCUCGCUAUGGGGGGCAGCGAUAUUGAUGACUACGAGGAAGAGGUUGAGGAGAUUCGAGAGGCCAUCUAUCGUUCUCGACUCACACGGAAGCCCAUAUCGUCGCAGAUUGCCCUAGUGCGUAACUCCGCUCUAUCUAAGCUUUUACGAGUCACAAUUGGCUGCCCGGCGGACCAGACUGGACCAGCCAUGCUAGUGUACUCGCUUUUCCACGGCGAGUUCCUUCCCCCGGGCCGACGGCACUUCAAUGGAAGUGACAUCCCUUUAGGGAAAGUGCCGCUUCGGCAAAUAGCUUUGGGAGAUGCCGCGAAACGAGAUGCUCAUCUCGCAGUGUUUUCACAAGCAGAGCAGAUGUGGGCCACGAAAGCAUCCUCUCAACCAAUCUUGAUGGGUGGCGUCUAUGCUCGCUAUUCAGUGCUUCGAGCCUUGGGGGGAGACCACCACACUGCAGGAGAAGGGGUGACCACGUCGCACGACGUCCCUCCACCACGGUCUCGUAAAGAGGUUCCAAUACGGAGGGAGGGGGAGUAUCGGCAAGUCCCUGCAUUGAGCAAGGACAUGUCCACUUCUGAUCGCCUCGAAUACGUCCCUCAUAUUAGCCAAGACCAUGCUGAAGGGCAAAUGGAGGAAUAUGUCCUCGAUGACGCAGUGGACGUUCUCGUCUUCGCAUAUAGUAGCAAAGAAGAGACCGAUCUUCAGAAGGAGUUCGCACUGUAUGUGAAUCGAGCUUGGGUUCGCGUAGUUGAGCUCGCUUUGACAGAGACUCUCCGAGUGUUAGCGAUGGAUACAUCCGAAGUGGACAUCACCAGAUUCACUAUGGAGCACGAACUGCUGGGAGCAGCCUUCCCUCCGAGCACCCCUGGGCUGUUUUUCUUUCCUGCCCUUGACAAGAGGCCCCCAUUCAAACAGUAUCCGAUGAGACCUUCCCAGGCCGGUGAUCAGACGCCACAAGUGCAGUCGUUGCUGUACUGGAUGCAGGCCCUGGCAUCCUUCCCAUUCGACCUGCCCGAGGUGCCUCACUUGGACCGUCUAGAGGCUGAUGACUAUUGGCGGUAUGUGGCCAAUGAGCAGUGGGAGAGCUGGGACGAUAAGACCAAACAGUACAUUGAUGACCUCUACCACGAUAAGAAGCUAUUGAAGCUGUUGAAUAAGUACCGAGAAGAGGCAUCAGAUAACUCAGAAGUGCCACCCAAUGUCGAGGCCAACCUUAAGAUCCUCGAGGAGAGGAUAGCGGAGCGCACCCACUACGUUCAUUGGCCGAGGUACUCCAAGAAGACCCCAUUGUCGCCGGACUGGGCUGAUGAUGAGACCUCCGGGCAUCCACCCGACUUCGAUGAUCUCGACGAUGAUGAUAGUGAUGGUGAUGACGAUAUUGAGCUAUGA